AUGAGCCCUUCUUCUCUCUAUUUAGGUACUGACUAUAGCGGACGGUGUUCGGAUGGGAGCGCAGCGAGUGGUGCAAUGAGCACUACAUCAGGUUCGAGUACUCCGGCCCCAGUACGACGAUCACGUUCUAGUCAUGACGGCUUGCUGAAAUGUCAGUUUUGUCCGAAGAAAUGGCAUGAAUUGCUACACACCCAUAUGACAGAUUGUCGCAUGAUGCGCGGACAUGAGUGUGCACAGUGUGGGAAACGGUUUAAGGCUAGAGGUGGACUGCAGCAGCACCUGCGUAUUCAUUCAAACGAUCGACCCUAUGCAUGUCAUUUUUGCUCGAAACGGUUCACACAGAAGAGCCACGUUGACCAGCAUGAGCGUAUCCACACUGGGACGAAACCAUUUACGUGCCAGUUUUGUGGUCGUGCAUUUCGUCAACGCUCACAACAGCUUGGGCAUGAAGCUACACAUUCGAAUACGAUAACCACAACGAUCCAGGCCGCUACGCAGCGCACUCAACAAACUCCAUCGUCAACGGAGCAGUCGAAGACACAUCGUGAUCAAGAACGAGACGAGAUGAUAAGGAAUGAGGUGAAAGGCUUUUUUCUUUCCUUUUCCUUUUCCUCAUUCUAG